UCCUUGCUGCCAAGAGUCCAGCGGCGAUGGCGGGCAAGCAGCCUGGCUGGAGCCGAGUGGCUCUUCUCCAGCUCCUCCUUAGCAUGAACCUGAUGCUGCUCCAGCACACCCAGGCCCGGAAUCUACGCUUUGUCACCUUGCUCUAUAGACAUGGAGACCGCUCUCCUGUGAAGACUUAUCCCAAGGAUCCCUAUCAGGAAGACGAAUGGCCACAGGGGUUUGGUCAGCUAACUAAGGAGGGGAUGCUCCAGCACUGGGAGCUGGGCCAGGCUCUGCGGCAGCGCUACCAAGGUUUUCUCAACUCUUCUUACCAACGGCAGGAGGUUUACGUGCGCAGCACUGACUUUGACCGCACACUCAUGAGUGCGGAGGCCAACCUGGCUGGGCUCUUUCCUCCACUCGGGAUGCAGCGCUUCAACCCCAAUAUCUCCUGGCAGCCCAUCCCCGUGCACACCGUGCCCAUUGCUGAGGACAGGCUGCUCAAGUUCCCCUUGGGCCCCUGUCCCCGCUAUGAGCAGCUGCAGAACGAGACCCGGCAGACUCCCGAGUACCAGAACCUGAGUCUCCAGAACACCCAAUUUCUGGAGAUGGUGGCCAACGAGACCGGUCUCAUGGACCUGACCCUCGAGACCAUCUGGAAUGUCUAUGACACGCUCUUCUGUGAGCAAACACACGGGCUGGUCCUGCCACCCUGGGCCUCGCCCCAAACCAUGCAGCGUCUGAGUCAGCUCAAGGACUUCAGUUUCCGCUUCCUCUUCGGCAUCUAUGAGCAGACAGAGAAGGCUCGGCUUCAGGGGGGAGUCCUCCUGGCUCAGAUCCGCAAGAACCUGACGCUGAUGGCCACCUCCUCCCAGCUCCCGAAGCUGUUGGCUUACUCCGCACACGAUACCACCCUGGUUGCCUUACACAUGGCCCUGAACAUCUAUAACGGCCGACAGGCUCCCUAUGCCUCCUGCCACAUAUUCGAACUCUACCAGGAAGAUGACGGGAACUUCUCUGUAGAAAUGUACUUCCGGAAUGAGAGUGCCAAGGCCCCGUGGCCGGUGCCACUGCCCGACUGCCCUCACCGCUGCCCGCUGCAGGACUUCCUGCGUCUCACUGAGCCUGUGGUGCCCAAGGACUGGCAGCAAGAGUGCCAGCUGGCAAGUGGACCUACAGACACGGAGGUGAUCGUGGCCUUGGCGGUGUGUGGCUCCAUCCUCUUCCUCCUCAUCGUGCUGCUCCUCACUGUCCUCUUCCGGAUGCAGGCCCAGCCUCCUGGCUACCGAUAUGUGGCAGAUGGGGAAGACCAUGCCUGAAAACCACUCAGCCCUCUUUCCUCGCCUCCUAAGGGAGGUGGGCCAGGCUCACGUCCCUGACCUGGCUGUUUCAUGGCCCAUGGACAGAAGACCCCUAGGAGGGCCUCCCUUUGACUACCUACAUGGAUAAGUGGCACCUGUCAUUCUGCAUCCACCUGCUGGAUGUGCACUAAGUACAGUGUGGCACCUGGCCUUUCUCCAGAUAGGCUUGACCCCUUCAGGCUCUAAAGACUGGCAAGUGUGGACAAGGACUCCCAGGACCUGGGAUCAAGAACAGAAGGGACUGGUGCUUCGUCUGUCUUGUAUUUCCUGUGAGCCCUAUUCCCUUCACUUGCCACCCAGAUUCUGGCAAACAGCUCCGAGGAUACAUAUUUUACUUAGGGCUGAUGUUAAUAGGGAAAAAGUCGCAUGUAUCAGUACAGACAUCCAACAAACUGGAUUAUCCAGCCGCCAGCCAGCUGAGUUCUCUGUACACUGGAGCUUGUUUCAGUUGGACUAGAAGCUUCAGGCAUUGGUUCACCCCCCCUGCAGUCUGGACAGGUGGGGAGGGAAUCUACGUGGGAGGGGCAGCAGGCAGGGGCUGGACCAGAAUAUGGCACAGGAUCAUGAAAUUGCCCUUUCAGCUGGGCUGGGUUCCCCAGUGGAAGGGUGUAGCCAGACAGUUCUAGCCAGAAGGCUGGGCUGCAUCCAGAUAAUGAAAGCUUUGGACUCUU